UAUGAGAUGUGUGAAAAUCAUAAUAAACAACACGGUGGAUAUAUUUAUUCUUGUUUACUACCAAAAAACCUCACUGUAUCAUGUCCUCUUCAUGUCUCAACUAAUAAUGUUAGAUCUUCCUCAGAAGCUGUUCUUCCUGUGAUAAAAGUUCAACCUGUGGACAAACAAAAACAAUUUGGAAUCUGUAUUUCUCCUUUAUUUGGUAGUAUACCUGGUGCAAAACUUAUCGAAUUCAUUGAACUAUCUAAAGUUCUUGGUGCUCAAAAAUUCUACUUUUAUGACAAUAAAAUAUCUGAUGAAAUGAAAGAAAUAUUAAAUUAUUAUAUGAAGAAAGGUAUAGUUGAAACUAUUCCUUGGUCAAUUCCUGUUGGUGAAAAUAGUAUAUGGUACCAUGGACAACUAAUUGCUCAUAAUGACUGUCUAUAUAGAACUAUGGGUACUAUUAAACAUGUGUUGUUUAAUGACAUUGAUGAAUUUGUUAUACCA